AUGUCAUCAAAUGAUAAUAAUAACAGAAGUGAUAAUUUUCCAAAUGAAACUCAAUCGUAUGAUUAUAAAAAUCAGUCUGAUAUAAUUCCGGUAACAGUGCAAUUUAUCGAUCUUUGGUGGGUUAAAUUUCAAGGAAGAAAUACAUUUGAGAUUUUCUUUUUCCCCGAUUAUUUUGUGGUUUAUUGGAGCUUAACAAUUCGAUAAUUUCAGUGCGACAUCGACAAAACAAAAUCGUGAAUUAUUGAAAAAUGUAAACGGAAUAGCAAAACCGGGUGAACUUUUAGCUUUAAUGGGAGCGAGUGGAGCAGGAAAAACAACACUUCUAAAUUUAUUGAUGCAUCGAAAUUUGAAAGGAUUAACCACACAAGGAACAAUUCUAGUGAAUGGUUUGGAAAUGGGAUCAGUUAUAUCGAAUAUAUCUGGAUUUGCACAACAAGAAGAAUUGUUUAUUCCGACUUUGACUGUUCAAGAACAUCUUAUGAUUCAGGCAAAACUUCGAAUUAAAGGAGGAAAAGGGUUGAGGAAACAGAAAGUUGAAGAAGUUAUGAAACAAUUGAAGCUUUUGAAAUGUCGUGACUCAAAAAUUGGAUCAAUUGGACAUGAUAAAGGAAUAUCAGGAGGUGAAGCGAGAAGGUUAACUUUUGCCUCGGAAUUAUUAUCGAAUCCAUCACUUUUAUUUGCCGAUGAACCAACAACUGGGCUAGAUUCGUUUAUGGCUGAAAAUGUUAUUCAAAUCUUGAGAGGAAUCGCGAAAACUGGAAGGUAAUGAUAUACUUUUCAAAAUAAUAAAAACCUCCUCUUUUUUAAGAACAAUAAUUUGUACAAUUCAUCAGCCAUCUUCGCAGAUCUAUCAAUUAUUUGAUCGUGUUAUUUAUCUUGCAAAUGGACAAAUUGCUUUUCAAGGAACACCAAAUGAAUCAAUUAGUUUUUUCGAAAAAUGUGGUCAUCGAAUUCCUGAACAAUACAAUCCUAGUGAAUGGAUUAUUUAUAAGUUAGCUGUUUUACCAGGACAAGAAUAUGAAUCACAUGAGAGAAUUGAUAAAAUAAUUGCGAAAUUCGAAAGAAGCGAUUAUAAUGAGAGAUUACUGUAUGAUCUUGAAGAAAUCACUGAUCAAACUCAACCACCUUUUAUGUAUACAGCUAAUUCUUUGGUACAAUUUCAAGCACUUUUGAAAAGAUGUGCACUUGAUGUAUGGAGAUGUCCACAAUUGACGGCAGCAAAAUUAGUACAAAAAGUUAUUUUUGGAGUAUUUUUAGCAGCGUUAUAUUUUCAAACAGAAUAUGAUGUAAAGGGGAUCUCAAAUAUUAAUGGUGCAUUAUUUUUUCUAUCUACGGAGUUGUUUUUCUCAACAUGUUUUGCUAUUAUGAUGUUUAUGAAUAAUGAAUUCCCCCUAAUUGCUCGAGAAAUUCAUGAUGGUUUAUAUGGUUUAUACACUUAUUAUAUUGCUCGAUCUUUAUCAUUGGUUCCAUUAUUUUCAACUGAUGGUAUUAUAUUUUUAUACAUAAUGUAUUGGGCGAUUGGAUUCAAUACAUCAAUUAUACAAGUUAGUGUAGCUACUCUUAUAACACUUCUUACAAGUCAAGCUGCAUCUGCACUUGGUAUUGGAAUGUCAUGUAUAUUUCCAACUGCUGCAAUGACUGCUAUUAUGACUUGUCCAAUUCUUGUUUUAUUUCGAGCUUUCAGCGGGUUUUAUGGGAAACUUUCAACUUUUCCAAGUUUUAUUCGAUGGAUGCAAUAUUUGAGUCCGUUUAGGUAAUGUGAUGGGGAGCUUUGCAAAAUUAGGGAUUUUGAGGCUCAAAAAUUUUGAAUAGGGGAAAAACCCUACAAGCUUUCGAUCUUCUUUCUUUCUAAAAGAUAUAUAAAUUUUCAGAUACUCGUUUGAAGGUUUUGUAGUAAAUCAAUGGUCCCAAAUUGAUGAUUUUCAUUCGGAGAUAAAAGAAAAUUGGACUGAUCAGGUUUGAAAUCUACUAUUUUCUAUCCAAAAUAAUUAUCAUCUUUCAGCGGCGAGACUAUGUUUUGGGAUACUAUUCAUUCACUGCAAGCGCUCUUCCGAUGGAUUUUGCUGGAUUGAUUAUUUUCAGCUUGGCUUGCUAUAUUUUUGGAUUUUUCGCCUUGUUAAUCAGAAUGAAAAAAGCGAGAUGA